ACGGCUUAAGUUACGUUCUAUGAGACAAGUCCUUGCGAGAAAACAAACAGGCAUUGGCGACCAGUUGUGAGUAGACACCACGGCGUGCAGCACGCUGCUCAAACCUAGUGCUAAAAGUACAUUUACUCGGCAACAUGUGCUCGGACCUGAUAAAAAGUGAAAUUUGUUUACAAACAUCGCAGAGAUAAGACAAACUGAUUCUCAAAUCUUUGCUUGGAAUUUAUUAUCAUGAUGUUAAUUGUUUGUCCACAGAUUAGUGCCACGUGUUUACAUUGACAACACUCAUCGAAUCACAGAAAGAUACAUUGAAUGAGGAUGAUCGCUCUGAAACGUUAUCUGUUGCUUGUGACGUUAAAAAUAUUAAUAUUGUGCACAGGUGUAUUGCCACUUCAAUGCUACCAGUGCUACAUCAAUCCACCUCCAGGCCAGUACUACAACACGACUAAGAAUCUCUGCGUACACUUCGACUACUCUGAAAAGUUCAUCGUAGACUGCCCAUACUCUACAAUGUGCAUGAAGCAAGACUUUAGCUUGAAAAUAUUAGGAGGAGUAACCAUUGAAGGCGUUCUUCGAGAUUGCGCGUCACAGAAGAAUGAAUACCACGACUUCCAAAAUGGAAAAUGGUUUCCUAAAAUGGAAGUUUUAGAACCAUAUGAAGAGGGUUGUCAGGAGGUUGACGAUAAAGCUUCAAAUGGCGUGCAAUGCUACAAGUGUAACCCUGAGGCGGUGCCGUACGACACGCGGCCGACAUGCCAGCACUUCGACGGAUCAAGCAGAUUCUUAGUGGACUGUGAUACUUCCACCAUGUGUUACAAACGAAUCACUACUCUUACUUUAGCAAAUGGGUUAACUACAAGAAACGAGGAACGUGGAUGCGCCCAGCAGACGCUCAGCGGAGAUCAAAAGAAAAUCAACGGCAAAUGGGUACCAGUGAAGGACAUUUACGAAGUGUAUACGGAAUCCUGCCAAGAGACCCAAAACGACUACCAGCGGGCUACCAAAACAAUCGAUUGUUACUGCCGAGGCGACAUGUGCAACGGUGCUAUGAAAAGAAAUUUGCAAUUCUUCACACUGAUUUCCACUGUCGCCAUCUACGUACUAGUCAGAUAAAUUAUACAAGUAAAAGUCAAGGGAAACUGUCAUAACUUCUGCCAAAUUUUAAUAUAAAAUACGCCGUGUAGUAGGAAGGCCUGACACAAGGAUGCAGUAUUCAAUAAAGCUUACAGGAGCACGUAUUUGUAAGUGAGCAACC